CUCUGUGGAUAUUUCCAUGAUAUUCUUCACCAUUCAAUAAUGGAGUGGGUGGUGUUCCACUAGUGGCCAUGAAGUCAUUUCAAGUCCACGAAUUCUCACUACGAACCACGCCGCUCAAUCUAACAAUCAAGCAACCUCUUAACCGCUCCCUUGUUAACUUUUAUUAUGAUUUUCUAAUUAAUGAGCCAAAGACAUCGAUAUUAAUGUAUAUUUAAACAAGUACAUUACUAUUUAGUUACUAUAAAUAUUCUGCAGAUAUAUUUAAUUAAACAUACAUAAAAGUUACUCAUUUUUUAACAUUACAAAACUAUGUGUAACAACCACCAUAAUCCUUCUAGACGAAUACCUACCACAACAUAAAAUACCAAAUUCAAAACUUUAUUAUUUUAUUUCAUCACCACAAGAAUUUGUUCACCGAAUCCAAAGACACAAAAACCCAAAAAAUAAUAAUAAUAAUAAUAAUAAUAUUAAACGGUAGUUGAGCAGAGAGCAUGUACCGAAGUAAUUGACCAACUUCCAACCGAAAACUACCUUCCAUCUGUGGCGAUUUCAGCAUCACAAAUACCGUCGGUUUCAAAAUGUCGAGUUUGGAGGAGCCUCUUGGUUUGGACAAAUUGCCAAGCUUGAGCACGAUUGAUCUUUCUAGAAGGUUCUCGUCCAACCGAUGCAGCACCAGCGGGGAAGACAGUGGAUUGGGAUACUGCUGGAUUGAAGGGAAGACGUGUGGAUCGUUGAAUAGCUACAAGGAAGAUUUUAAGGAAUACAGGCGAGAGGCUUUCAUUUGGAGACACCAUAAAAGAGAGAACACACACAAUGAGUCUGAAAAUCGGUAUCCUUCAAAACAUACAACUAACCAUCAGCAGAACUUAUACUGCAAUGAUACAGGCCCAAGGGACAUAACAAAUAAGAUUUUUAAAGGCAUGCCAAGUCAUGUGAGGAUAGUGGAAGUUGGUCCAAGAGACGGGUUACAAAAUGAGAAGAAUAUGGUUCCUACAUCUGUGAAGAUAGAGUUAAUUCAUAGGCUGGUUUCUUCCGGGUUAUCUGUUGUUGAGGCCACAAGUUUUGUUUCCCCAAAAUGGGUACCUCAGCUGGCAGACGCGAAGGAUGUUGUUGAAGCAGUUAAGAACAUUGACGGUGCAAGAUUGCCUGUACUAACACCAAAUUUAAAAGGUUUUGAAGCUGCUGUUGCAGCUGGAGCUAAGGAAAUAGCGGUUUUUGCUUCAGCUUCUGAGUCUUUCUCAAAAGCAAAUAUUAAUUGUACUAUUGAAGAAAGUCUUGCUCGUUACCGUGAUAUUAUUAAUUCUUCUAAAAAGCUCGAUAUUCCUGUUCGUGGGUAUGUAUCAUGUGUGGUUGGGUGCCCAGUUGAAGGCGCAAUUAGUCCGUCAAAGGUUGCAUACGUCGCGAAACAACUUCAUGAGAUGGGUUGCAUGGAAAUCUCACUUGGCGACACAAUAGGAAUUGGUACACCAGGAACGGUUAUACCAAUGCUUGAAGCUGUCAUGGAAGUUGUGCCUGUUGAAAAGCUUGCGGUGCACUUUCACGACACUUAUGGUCAAUCACUUCCAAACAUACUAGUAUCCCUUCAAAUGGGAAUAAGUGUGGUGGACUCUUCUGUAGCGGGACUAGGUGGCUGCCCGUAUGCUAAAGGGGCUUCGGGAAAUGUUGCCACUGAAGAUGUCGUGUACAUGCUUCACGGGCUCGGUAUUAAAACAAAUGUUGAUUUGAGAAAGGUUUUGCAAACGGGUGACUUCAUCUGUAAGUAUUUGGGUCGCCCAUCGGGAUCAAAGGUUGCUGUCGCUUAUAAAAUGUAAGAGGACAGUGUUGGAUUAUCCUAUAUCUAUAGUGUUUCAGUGGUAAUAUAUUACAAACAAGGCAUAAAUCUGGUUAAUUACCGGGAUUUGAUUUAAAAGUAUGAAACUCGUGUAUAUGAGAUUGCUAUUGGCUUAUUGUAUCUUUAUGUUUGGUUCUACCAAACAAAUAAUUAAUGUUAAUUCAUAUGCUUCUUAAUCUUUCUUUCUGAA